AUGCUCGACAUCUCGGCGGCGCUUGGCGAGGCGAGCGAGUUGCAUCGAGACGCGCGAGACAGUGGUGCCCGUAUGUGUCUCGUUCGGUGGGUCGCCGUCGGCCAUUGUCUCUGACAUGGAAGCCCAUCAAAAUGGCAGAGGUCGUGCAGAUGUUUUUGUUCCUAUAUAAAUCGAAAUACCGUCGGAAAGGGGGCCAGUGCCGUGAGGUGGUACGCGAUCAGUGCGGUGUAAUCGCGGUGCCGUGGCCGUUACUGUGGGCGGUGCUGAUCUGUUGGGUGGUGCACGUAACCGCUGCCGCCUCCUCCUCCUCGUCGUCGCUGACGACGGAUACGAUCUGCGACACGGAGAGCUGCGUCAACGGCGACUGUGUCAAUGGCACCUGUGUCUGCCACGAGGGUUGGCAGGGCACUGCGUGCCAAUUCUGCGGCGGAAAAGUCAGGCUGUCGGAGCCGAUUGGACAAAUCCACGACGGGGUCGGCAAUUACACGGCGGACGUGAAGUGUUCCUGGCUGAUCGAGAGCAGCCCGAACUACACGAUCCGCAUGCACGUGAGACAGUUCGCUACCGAAUGCGGCUGGGAUCACCUGUACAUUUACGACGGUGACAGCGUCGAGGCGCCGUUGCUAGGCGUCUUCUCCGGCCUGAUGCACAAAGAUGGCUACCACGUGCGACGCGUACCGGAAGUGAUCGCCCGUUCCGGAAGCGCGUUGCUGCACUUCUACUCGGACGUCGCGUACAACAUGAGCGGCUUCAAUAUUACUUACAAGAUCAACGCAUGCCCGAGCAGGUAUUCGCACACCGACUGUUCCGGCCAUGGUGUCUGCAUCGACGGCGUGUGUACGUGCGACGCCACGUGGACCGGCGAGGCCUGCGAGGUUCAAGUCUGCCCGAACAAUUGUUCGCACAGUUACGGGCAGGGCGAGUGCAACCGCGAGUCGCAUCACUGCGACUGCGUCCACGGUUACAAGGGCGUAGACUGCAGCCAGAGAAGCGACAGAGGGUUCUGGGAGACCGUUACGUACACGGACUUCUCGCCGGAGGGUUCGGCUAGUCACUGCUCCAUCGUUUGGAAGGACUCCCUGUACGUGGUCGGAGGCGAGAGCUUCCAUCGGGCCAAGAUGAUAUACAUUUACGAUUACAAUGGGAACGUCUGGGAGAUACCCCACAUCGAGGAGAAAGUUCCAUUGCCCCGGUACGCACACUCGUGCGUGCUCUUCGGUGACAAGAUAUUCAUGUACGGCGGGGUUGUACAGAACUCCACGGUGACAAAUGAGAUUUGGGCGUUUGACGUGUCUGCCAAGGUCUGGGAGAACGUCACCGUACACGAUAACUGCCACAACAAUAAGACCAUGUGCGGCCCCUUAAAGGUAGCUGGACAUACCGCGACUCUAGUGCAGAGCCAUGGCAAGAAAGAAAAGAUGGUCGUGAUCUUCGGUUACUCGCCGCAGUAUGGCUACCUGAAUGUGGUCCAGGAGUAUUGUCUGAGCACCCGCGAAUGGCAGAUCGUAGAAACAAUAGGAUUCCCCGUGAAAGGAGGCUACGGCCACACUUCCGCAUAUGAUCCCCUAACAAAUCUGAUCUACGUCUACGGCGGCUACGUGUCCGAGUCACAGAGUACGCAGGUGUUGACCAGUAGAUUGUUCUCUUAUCAUCCAAAUUAUCGCGAGUGGAAGUUGCUCACCUCAGCACCGUCCGCUCGUUUCUUUCACACGGCCGUCUUCAUUUCUGGAGGCUUGAUGAUCGUCUUCGGCGGCAACAUGCACAACGACACAAAUCAUUCCGACGGUACCAGAUGUUAUUCAGCGGAUACCAUAGUGUACGACGUGACCUGCGACUCGUGGCACCAGUUCCCCAUGCCAAAGGAGAUGACUGAUCUACCUAGGUACGGGCAUAGUGCAACGGUCUUCGAAAAGUCGAUGUACAUUUACGGGGGUUUCGAUGGACAGAUGCUGUCCGAUAUGCUAAGAUACACGCCAGGGAACUGUGAGCACCUGACCAACCAGAUCCAGUGCCUGAACUCGAGGACAGGGGUGAAGUGUGUCUGGGACAAGCGGGCUAGCAAGUGUAUGCAGAUCACCUCGAUUCCCAAACACUUUCUGAUGGCAGAUGAUAUGCAUGACGGGAUUUACAUGAGAUGUUUAGAUGACACCCCGCCUAGAGGCAUGACCUCCCACACAGAGCUAUGUAAAGUGCUCUCGGACUGCGUGGCAUGCGUGCAGACCUCGUACAACUGCGUUUGGUGCGGGAAAAGUUGCUCGCACGAAAUAUGCCGGGACAAUGCGAACGCGCCGCCGACAAAGGCGAUCAAGGAUCUGGAGCAGUGCGACGCGCAUACCGGAAUCGAGUGCUUGCAGUUGCACACGUGCCAUGCAUGCACCAGCAACCCCCACUGUAUUUGGUCCUGGUCGAACGGUCCGGACCGGUGCAAGCCCCACUCCAAGGCUCGCGAGGUGACCAUUCUGAACGGAACUAUUCAGGCCCAGCGUUUGACCAUCGACUCCUGCCGUGGUCCAUGCGUAGAGUAUACUUCCUGCAAGAACUGCACGGAGUCGGACUGCAUUUGGUGUCAGAACGAAAGGAAAUGCGUGGACAAGAAUGCAUAUCCGGCGAGCUUCCCCUACGGACAAUGCCGAGAAUGGACUACAAUGGACGCGAAGUGUCGUCCUACUGAGACAGGAAAGGAGUGGUGCACGUUCUACUCGUCGUGUACGGCGUGUCGGUCGGAUCCUGGUUGCGGAUGGUGUGAUGAUGGUUCUGGAACUGGAAAGGGUUUGUGUCUGCGAGGAGGAGCUCGAGGUCCCAGCAAUAAAAGUCCAGACACGUGUCCGUUUGAGCGGUGGUACUUUACCAAAUGUCCUACUUGUCAAUGCAAUGGCCACAGCAAGUGUCUUCCAAACAGCAGCGUGUGUAUCCAGCCAUGCGGGAAUUUGACUUACGGGCCUCACUGCAACAAGUGCAUCCCCGGCUACUACGGGAACCCUCUGAACGGAGCGACUUGCCAACCCUGCUUUUGUAAUAACCAAGGCACACAAUGCACUAGCGAGACGGGAAAGUGUUCUUGCACGACAAAGGGUAUCAUUGGAGAUCAUUGCGAGCGAUGCGACGUGUCUAGUCUUUAUCAUGGCGAUCCUACUAACAAAGGAUCCUGUUUUUACGAUUUGGCUAUUGAUUAUCAAUUCACUUUCAACCUGAGCAAAAAAGAGGAUCGCCAGUACAGAGCCAUCAAUUUCAAGAAUUCACCACCGAAGCCCGACAUCGACGCAGAGUUCUCUAUCACCUGUUCCGUUCUCGCCAAGAUGAACGUAACCAUAAAGAAAGCAAACACGGUGGAGAUACCUUUGCUGCUCGGCGUGAAUUGCACGACCAACAUGUACAAGCAUCGUUUUAGCAAAGCGGACUACAGUUUCGGCAGCGAAGACAACAACACGUUGACCACAUUCUAUGUUUACGUGUACGACUUUCAGCCGCCGGUGUGGAUUCAGAUCUCGUUCUCCCAGUAUUCCAAGCUAAAUCUCCAACAGUUCUUCAUCACAUUUUGCACAGAUUACAUGCCACCACCCAGGUGCUUCCUCGCUCUAUUAUUGGUGGCCGCAAUCCUCUGGAAGAUUAAACAAAAGUAUGACAUGUACAGAAGAAGACAGAGACUCUUUGUAGAGAUGGAGCAGAUGGCGAACAGGCCGUUCAGCCAAGUGCUAGUCGAAAUAGAGAGGCGGGGCGUCAGUAAUUCGGACUCGGAACGUAGCGAGUCCGAGCUGACCAAUUGCCGUAAGAAGAAAAAGGAUGCCCCUAGUCCGAUCGCGCUGGAGCCCUGUUGCGGCAACAGAGCUGCGGUCCUGUCAUUGCUAGUCAGAUUGCCUACUGGCGGUGAACCUUACACGCCAGCCGGUCAAAGUGCCGGCUUAGCAGUAGCGUCUGCGUUAGUUACACUGGGUAGUCCGCGAAGGCCUUCUCAGGAAUUGACCACGAAGGAGCCGAAGAAGACUCGGAAGUCCGCCAGUCAGCACCCGGACUCCACCUGCAUUUAGCGAUAAGACGGAACGAGGAGCAAGGGAGGGACGAACAUAUAUAUAUAUAAAUAUAUAUACAUUACAGUAUAGUAUAAAGAUCGUGGGUGACAAUGAGCCUUAUUCUGUGAUCUUGCCUCGAGACGCGAACGGGCAGGAGGAGUAUUGUUGAUCUUUUCGAACUCUACUCGAGUGAAAUGUGAUUCUAAUUCCGCGGCGAACCUUCGUUUCGUGUUAUCGUCGUGACUACACCCGGUCCGUGAUAUAUAGAAUUGUAUCAAUAUGCAGUUCCCAGAGGGAAUCGAAUCGUAACGAUGCAUCGUACUGCAACGCGCCAUCAAGUAUCGUGUUGCAACUUCGAAGGAACGGGGACCGAUUAUCUCAUUGAUCAGACUGCGGAUCCUUAUGCGUUCGAUUUUGUAAAAUGCAGGAAAAUGUUAAACAUAUUUUAGCUUUAGAUUUUUUAUGUUGAUUAUGAUGAUUAUUCUACCGAACGAAAGAGAUUUUUAUCUUAUCCUAAUUUUCGUAUAGUAAUCCGUGAAAUGGGGUUUCGCAUGGAGAUCCGCAGUCCAGUGUCGUCCUCCAAAUAGUGAUGCUCUAAGUCUCGUGGAUCUGACGUCGACGUUAAUUAAUUGAAAGCUUUGUCUCCUGGAUUUUUUUCUUUUCUAUGUAGAUUGAUGGGUUCUUGUGCAUAUGUUUUGUCUCGAUUUGGAAAGAAUGUUUACGUUUUAGAACAUUUUAAUGUGUUUAGAAGAACAAUAGAACAUUGUCACAAAUCACAUUCAACAAAUGUUUAAUGUUCAAACCAUGAGUGACAGGAUUUAUGCAUGAACUCAAUAAAUAUAGGACAAACCUGACGUCCAAUGUAUUUUUGCGCCACAUUAUCGGGUUUAUUGAUUGCGCGAGGGGUACAUUUCAGGGUAACCUCGUCGGGAUAGUAAGCAAGAUGUAAUCAACAGAAAAAUACGUCUCCGUUAUUUUUAACCCUCGUGGCCCAAAAUCAUAAGACGUCUAAUCCGUCCUCUAUAUACAUUGUAUAUAAAUCUGUUGAGCGGUUAGUUGGAAGGGUUGUUUCAUUUGUCCACCCUCGUAACCUUCUCGGAUAAAAAUUCAUCCAUUUUCUAUUUUAGAUAAAACCUUUUGUCUCUCUAUGAUUGUUUAAAAUAUGAGGUUAUGAAUAAAUCUAAUUGAACUGAUGCGUGGUUUGAAAAUGGGUGAAAACCAAGAAAGGACGUUUCGUGCAAGAGGAGUGUAUGGUCUGAGGAGUGUAUGGGGGUAUAGAUCGUCGACGCGCAGUUUCCAGCGGAUUUAUGCGAGAGAUUUAAGGAGGAGGACACAUUUCAUUUUGUAAAACUGUAAAUACGUGCGUCGCGCGUCUCCGAGCCGAAAGCGAUUGCGAUUCGCGUGGAACUUGGGAAAAGGUGACGAGCAAAUUGUACAGAUAAAUUGGCUCGAGAGUAAGAGACGAGCGAGCGAGCGAGAGAGAGAGAGAGAGAGAGAGAGAGAGAGAGAGAGAGAGUAUUCGUCUCCAGCAGGAUGUAAAAAUUCAAUUCUAAAUUAAACGGAGGCGGGUGGAGACGAUGCAGUUUCUAGCGAAGACGCGAUUCUUCUAGGACGGCGCUACGAUCGCUACGUUUGAACCUUGUGCCAAAUCAUUUUUCAUAUUGGUGUUACCGAAGCAAGCAAAGGGAGACAGAAUUCUACCAACGAAAAACCUUAUGCGUUCUAAACGACAAAAAUAGGAGGGACUUUCAAACAUAUCUUCCGCUGCCUCGUCUCCGGCCGUCUCUGACGAAGAAGAGCCAAAAGCACGAUCGAAAAAUCGAGCAGUUAUGGUUUCUUUUCUAACGUGAUGUUCGUUGUAGACAUGUUCCCGAGCUUUCGGUCGUGCGAUGCUCGGCGUAAUUUUAAUAUGUAACGAAACAUAGGGGAGGAAGAAGGAUGUGGACGUUGCAAUAAGAUCGAACUAUCGUUUUAUAUGUGUUUUCGUUUCGCUGCAUAAUGGUGGCGACGCGCUCGUGCACCGAGCCGAACCUCGUGCUGCGAUCUUCUCGGUCAGUGGGAGAAGAUGAUCGGUAUUCUCUACUACGUGUCUGUGGUUUUGUUUUUUUAUUUAAUCUAGCGAUUUAGUGGGACAGAAUUAUUCAAAAGAGUAUUAAUUUUCGACGAUGCCGCUGAUUAUUUUAUUACUAUUACAACGUUGUUAUAUCCCAUUAAUAAAUCACUAGACGGUAUUCUCUGAAACCUACAUUUUACAUCUUAUAAUGUGACAAUGUCCCGCUAGAUCGCUAAAAUGUCAUCUACAUUCUCCUGUAAUAAGCGUUAGCAGCUUCCAUAGCGAAAUUCAAGCCGAUCAGGUGUUUCGAUUCCUCUUCCAAGUCAGUGCAAGUUACUUCCGGUAAUUGUUUUCCAAAAACCCAUCGAAAAACAAUCUUCAGCACAGCAGGGAAGAUCAUGAACUGUAAAUCAGGGUAAAAGCGUCGUCAAUUUCACGAUUUCUAUCCGACCGCAAGGAACUUCCCAGCGUUCAGACACACUGCUCAACAUAGUUGGAGGUUUUUUUCGUACGAUUUAGGAAUAAGAUUUUUACGAGACCUUUGAUUUCUACGGCACGAGCAGGCUGUUGCAACUUCGGGGCGAUCCGAUUGUCUUGAGCAGUGCGGUUUGGAAAAGAGGCUUCGGUGCACCGGACGUGUCGCCGCAGCUCGUUUAUGUUCGCAGAACAUGAACGGCGCGGGCGUUUUUUUUUAAUCAUUGUACAGCACGGAUCGAGUGCAAUGCAUUUGUUUAAUUUUACCAUGUAAUACUCAUCGAGUUUCGUUCACACUCUCUGUAAUGUAUCUAGAAUCUUCAUUGUGAGGGGUGCGACCGGCAGCCGCGGGGACGUAGCUCGAGCCCAAACAAAAAAUGGUUACCCUCGCUCCCCGAAAGAGAAUUAAUUUAUUCUUUAACCGUUUCUACCCGCGGCACGGCCACACCCGCGUGCGGAGCAGCGUGGUGUACAUUUUAUUACCGUGAAGAUAAUUUAAUUUUUUAUACAACUGUUUCUUUUUCUUUUUUUUUUUAUUUCUAUUUCGAGCGACAGCAACCUCCGAUCCGCCGGGCUCACGUUCGGUUGCGAAACGCCGAGAAUUUAGUUGUACAUACGUGGAAAUGUUAUGUUAUUUAAACGUGUAGUGUCGUCGGACGUAUUGCUCAACACUGAGUAGACUUUUUCUCAUCCGUUCGUUUCGGGAAUACUCCUUUUUUUUCUUCUUUUUUUUCACUAUUUCGAAUCCUCUUGUAUUGUAUAAGCUUCCGUUGUUUCUUCGACGAAAUGCGUUAUUUUCGAUCGGUUCAACAAAGAUGAAAGUAUCUCGCUGAAGAUAACACGUUUCCCAUGCUCAGGACGAUGGCUGGCCAGAUUCCUCGUCCCUGAUCUCUUCUUGUCGUCUACGCCCUUGGUAGAAAGUAUUUGAUCCAGCCAAUCGGGCGUUUAUCAUUUCGUUAAUUUUAUUUUAGAUGUUUUAUGAACUUCUAUAUAUUAAGCACGUGUUUUUAUCAUCGUACUUUCGUAGCUGAUAAAAAAAUUGAUUCUAAACGUCUAGGUAUGUUAAUCUACAGACGAUCUUGUGAAGAAAGCUGGGGAACCUGGAAAUUCUAUAAUUUCUAACUGUUACCUAUACUUUUUAUUAUUUCACAAGAAAUAUUCGAUGUAAGACAUUUUGUAUACGACAUAUCAAUAACGACUAUGCACGUUUUAUCAUAGUUGGAGAACCAGUAUCGCAUGCACUUACACUCUUCUUUUAUAUUUUUUAGCGAAGCGCGGCCUUUAAUUAUACAUAUUUUAAUUCUAUUAUUCGAUUUUUAGAAUGUUUUAAAUAAUCCGAGCGCCGAUCGAAUAUUUUCUACCGGGGCUAUCGAGUCCCUUGAUACUGCCAAGAUUGAUCCAGCCCCUAGUGAUUUCUACGAUCUAUCUGUCUUCGAAAUCCCCCGAGCUAUGAAACCAUUGAUCACCGAACCCCCAUAGUGCCUGAUUUUAUUCGUUCGUUUUAUAUCAAUUAUAUUGUUCUACACGAUAAGUCUGUACAUUAUAUUAAACUUCCUAGACGAUCUUUCACAAA